AUGGACCCGCUACCCAAUCGUCGGAGACUCGCACCGACCGCCUCGCUCCCUGCUACAACAGCAGAGGUGCAGGCUCAGCGGCAUGGUAUAGACCCAGCAGUCAGCUCGGCGCUCCAGGGUGGGGUUCCCAUGCGUAUCAGGCGAGCAAUCAAUACCGGCCGAGACUCCACAUUCGGCCGUACCCAAUCUCAACCCGUCUUCAACCUCUCAUCCUCCUCCUCGGGCGCUCCCGGCGGUUUCCUGACGAACGACCAGAUCUACCGAGAAGCGCAGGGUAUCGUCUACAAAGACGAGCUCCGGCGGCAAGCGCGGGAGUUGCAGCCGUAUGGUUCGGGCGGGAGUAUGGAUGCUUUAGACUUGGCAAACGGGUCUGGAGGCAGAGAGGAGGGUGGCAGGGAAAUGCGGCUGAGGUUUGGGGAGGACGGCGAGGUCAUUAUGGAGGGAGAGGAGACCGGCGGGUCGGGAAGCAAGAGCAAGAGCAAGAGUAAAAGGGGACGCGUUGAGGAUUGGGGAUUGAGCCAAGGCAAAAAAAGGGGAGUAGAGGUGGAUGAUGCGCAGGCGGACGGUGGAGAAGGGAGCGACACCGCCACGGAAAUCGACGAGGACGAGGACCGGCCCCCACUCGACCCAAGUACCUCGGCCUCCGUCUCGGGGUCCACGAUGGAUGAAUUCCCACCGGUAUUCACCUCACCGGCAAUCUCGCACCCUGCGCUGUUCAGGCAGGAUCGGCUCCCGGCGGUCCCUUCGGCGUCGGGCGGGCGGGCGAAAGGUGGAUUCGCUGGACAGGGAGGAAGGCAGAUGAGGGGUCUACCGGGACGGGCGUUGGGCAAGACGAUGAGUGCGCCGGUGCUCAUGGGUGGGGGCGGAGGCAUGGAGGUGGAUGUGCCGGAGACGGUACAGGAAGGGGAAGAUGGGUUUGAUGUAAGCGAGUGGGCGGGACAGACGGAUUUCUAG